UGUCUCAACAAAUGCUCAAGAAGUUACCUGUGAGGGGGAACAACUCAUCAACGUUGACAUUUUAAUUGGACAUCCAGGUAUCGUUUCACCUUACAAACCUGGACAUAUUUUAGUUUUUCGAUGCACUGAUGUGAACCUGAAGAUGCAUGGACAACGAACAAUUGAAUGCAUGUCAGAUGGAAAAUGGGAUCAGCCAUUUCCAGUAUGUAGAGAAUUAACUUGUGAGCUUAAGUCAACCAAGAUCAACCCAGAGGGAAAGAUUAUUUUCAGAGCUGGAGAAAGUGUGGAGAUCACCUGCUCUAAAAAACGCCUUUGGUUUUUGAAAGAAACCAGCAAAACAUUUACAUGCCAAGAGAACGGGGAGUGGGAUCAUAAGCCUGUUUGUGGAGAGAUUAGAUGUGAAGUUCCACGUGACCAGCAUGUGUCUCACCCAGACUUUUACUUCAGAGGAGAUAUGAAACUGGGAGCAAAACAAAAUUACUAUUGCGAGUCUGGGUAUGAGAAAAUGGCAGAAGAAGCCACAUGUACACGAGAUGGUUGGACACCAAAUCCACUGUGUGCUGAGAUGACAGUAUCAAGAAAAUUGUGGACCACCACCACCAGUGAACAAUGCAGAUACAGUAGAAAUGGACAAAAAAGGAAUACAUUACAGGAGAGGGUGUUGAAUACAUCUGCUUUAAUAAAUACACACUGGAUACGAGCCCCACUGAUCUGCGUCACCCUUUCUCCAAAUACUUGA